UUUAAUAUCAUUUGAAUAUAACAGACAUUUGUUUUCCAGAGGAUGCUGGUUUGGCCUCCCAGCACAGCAGUAAUGGUACCACUUUCUUAAAUCCCCCCCACACCACCUCUAUUCACCGAGCAGUAAAAAUAUGUGCACCCCAGUUUGUCUAUUGGCAGAUUACGUGUGGUGGGGUAAAGUGCGGGUAGUCCCACCAAUUCCAAGGCGUAUGACCAGUAUGGAAAGCUAAAUACCUUCGAGAUAAUCUCUCUAGAGCUCCCGCUGGUGGAAGCCCUAUUUCCAGCAGCGCUCAGAGCAAACAAUUGCAGGGCUGCACUUUCCCCAUCAUUUUCGAGAUUUCGAAAAUCUAGAAAAGUGGCUCGGCUAGAGGGAACCUCGAACCUUUUUUGUGGGCUAAACGCAAGAGCGGCAUUCAUAGUAAUUUUGCUGAUGUCAUUUCAUUCGCAGGCUCAGUACGAUUCUUCUUCAUUUCGACACAUCAGAUAAGAAGAACCGCACGAGACUCCAGUGCAACUCCUUGCCAGGCUUACCGUCACCACCGCACCUCCUCACCCGCCCCCCCUCCAUGCGCCGUCGAGCGACCAGCUCGGCCGGCGCCAUGGCCCUCCUUCCAAAGACUCCAUCGCUGCUGGCCGCCAUCGUUUUGCUGGCACUUGCAGCCAGCACGUCGGCCGCCAGCCUGACGGUGGAGACGCACCGGCACGAGCCGGGCAGCGUCGGCGCUGCCCCACACGACUUGCCGCACCGCAACCUGACGUUGGGCGGCGGCUCGGACGAGCAGCAGCUGCAGCCCAUCGUCUUCCACCACGUGUACAACAUCAAUGUCCCGCCGGGAUCGCUGUGUGCUGUCGACCUGGACGCUGGCCCCCCCGACGGCGCUGGCUUCGACUCCAGGUCUGUGGUCGGCAGCGGUAGCGGCGACGGCGACAUCGGCGGCGGCGAGUCAGACCUGGGCACCUUCACGCAGAAGACGCACGAGACGGGCGGCCAGGUGGUGUUCACGCACCGCAUCAGCAUCCCCAAGCGGGCGUGCGGGUGCAGCACGGAGGGGCUUCCCGACCUGCGGGAGCUCGUGCGGCGCGUGGAGCUCAUGGAGCAGGAGAUCUCGUCGCUGCGCCAGCAGUGCUCCUCUGCCGCGUGCUGCGGGGCAGCGCCCGGAGCCGUAGGUGGCACAGACAUCGCGUCGCCCUGCAACGGGCACGGCACCUUCAGCACCGAGUCGUGCGGCUGCGUCUGCGACAAGGGCUGGACGGGCAAGACGUGCUCCCAGCCGGCGUGCCCCAGCGACUGCGGCGGGCGCGGCACCUGCGUGGACGGCGUCUGCGACUGCGAGGAGGGCUUCGGCGGUCCCGACUGCGGGCAGGCCACCUGCCUCAACGACUGCAGCAACCGCGGCGUGUGCGUCAACGGCGUCUGCGUCUGCGAGCGGGGCUUCGUGGGCGCCGACUGCUCCCAGCCGGGCUGCCCCAACGACUGCAACGGCAGGGGCCGCUGCGUCGACGGCAAGUGCUUGUGCGCCCGGGGCUUUUCGGGAGAGGACUGCCGCGAGUCGCGGUGCCCCAACAACUGCAACAACCGCGGCCGCUGCGUCAACGGACGGUGCGUCUGCCAGAGGGGCUAUGGCGGCGAGGACUGUGGCGAGGGGGGAGCGUGUGCCAACGACUGCAGCGACCACGGGAAGUGCGUGGCCGGGAGGUGCGUGUGCGAGCCGGGGUUCACCGGCCCCGAGUGCAGCGUGCUCAGCUGCCCCAACGACUGCAACGGGCACGGCUUCUGCGACAACGGCAUCUGCGUCUGCGACAAAGGCUUCGUCGGGGAGGACUGCAGCACGCCUUUCAUCGGCCCCAAAGAAAUGUCCUUCAAUUACAUCACGGAGUCUUCAGUGCAGGUGGGGUGGGCAGCUCUACCCUUCCCCGUCGAGAGCUGGGAGAUCACGUUCACGUCCGAGGACACCCCAGACGGACUUCUGUCGACGCUGAGCAGCACCGAGACGAGCCACACGCAGACCGGUCUGGAGCCUGGCGUCAAGUACGACGUCUCCCUGGUGGCCAUCAAGGACAACAAGAAGAGUCAACCCACCACGUCCUUCUUCAGCACCUUGAUCGACAGCCCCAAGGAUCUCAAGGUGGAGGACGUGAAGGACACCACGGCGCAGCUGUCCUGGACCUCUCCGUCCGCCUUGGUGGACGGCCUCGUGCUCACCUACGGCCCGACCAGACCAGGCGCUCGCAAGACGGAGGUGCCGCUGCAGCCCACGGUGACGGACCACGCGCUGCAGGGCCUGCGCCCGGGCGUGCAUUACACCGUCACCCUGCACUCCGUUCGCGGCCCCCAGAUGAGCGACAAGCAGAUCCAGAGCUUCGUCACCGGGUACCAAACAACCGAUUUGGAUACAAAAGAAUAUCUCCCAGAGAGGCCGGUGAUAACUCCCACUGCAAGUCCAGUUGAUUCGCUGAAAGAGCUGCAGAUUUACGACGUCAAGCCGCACAGCAUGACGGUUUCGUGGGCGACCAUGCCCGACAUCUACAACCACUUUGUCGUGCAAUACAAACCGUACGGAAGCACCGAACUGCCCUCGGAAUAUUCCGUGCGCGGCAAUGUGACAACCAUUGCCCUCAAAGAGCUCCGCGAAAACACAGAGUAUGAGAUCUCUCUUGUGGCGUCGAGGGGACGGAAGGUUUACAAGCCUCUGAAGGCCAGGGUGACCACAGGUAUGAAUGGCCUUGCUGGAAUAUUCCAUCCCAUCUGCAAAUUUGUACUAACGCCAUUUCCAUUUGCUUCACAGGAAACAUUCCAAGGGUUAACGCUUGCAUAUAUAUACAAUACCUUGACAUCUUUUUCCAUUCCUUUUCAGGGAAUAUUAACUGAAAAAAAAACAUCCAUCGCUGCACCAUCUCUCUGCUUUCAUGACUUGCGUGGCAGUAUAUCUUUGCUGGAGGUAUCAGCAGUAUUUGCUUGCAGAUAAGCUUCACGUUUUCCAUAACCACUUUCGGUAAUUCAUUCCUAUCGCACACACCUUUGCACCAUUAAUACAAUUGUCUUCAAAAUUAUUGUCAAAAAAACUUCGUACGAAUAUAAAACAGUGGCAUGGCUACACAUUAACAUCACCAAAAAUAUGUUACGGCGAGACAUAAUUUAUUUCUAACAUGUUUUGUACAUUUUGUUGUAAAAUCGUAUUUGUCAAGUAUUAUUUAAUUUAAACGUGAAAAGUGAAUGCGUGGUAAGUCAAUGUUCUAUAAGUGAUGAAAACUAACCGUUCAAUGUUUUUUGGUAGAAAAAGAAUUGAAACCCAUUGCUGAGACCACAACAGAGUCACCCGUUGAUAAGGAACUCUAUACCACUGGGAUGUG